AUGAGUCGUUUUGAAGAAGAAGAUCAAUCGUAUCAACAAUAUGAAAUAAGAGAAGGUAUUAAUUAUUUAAUUGAAAUUACUCCGGAACUACUUGAAAUUUCACCAGAAUUAGGUUAUUCUAAAUUAUUUGAAAUUUUACAAUCUAUUAAUGAAUUAAUGCAAGAAUUGAUAAUACUGGAUAAAUCAACAGGUAUUGGGAUUUAUUUUUAUAAUUGUGAAAUUAAUAAACCUUUAAAAGCAAUGAGUCCAAGAGAUAAUUUUUGUAAAUUGUUUGGACUAAAGGUAUUAAAUUUAGAUAAUAUGUCAAGAUUAAACGAUUUAUUGCAAAAGAAUAUAAAUGAAAUUUUCAAAUAUAAAAAACCAGAAACUGAUGCAAAUUUAGUCAAUAUAUUAUCUAGAGUAAUUGAUGUUUUCAAUGGUUUUAAAUAUUUCAAUAAAAAGAAAUUAAUUUGGAUUACAACAAAUGAUAUCCCAUAUAAAGAAGACAAGACUAAAGAUGCAUUAUGGAGAGUAAUUGACGAUUAUUAUCAUUAUGGAUAUAAUAUUGAACCUAUUUUCAUUGCCGGUAACCCCUCCAAAACUUUCAAUUUUGAAUUAUUUAAAGAUAUAUUCAUGAAUACUGAUUUUUUCAAAAAAGUUAAGACAGCAGAAAUAAAUGAUGAAUUAGAAUCAACUAAUGAAUUUACAAAAUCUAAAAUAUUUGAAAAACCAAUAAUUACAACUCAAAUUAAACAAAAUAUUUUGAAGGCUAAAGAAAUUAGAAGAAUUCAAUUCACUUGUGAUUUAAUCUUGAGUGAUGGUGAUGAAAUUGGUGGUAAUUUUGGUUGUACAAUUAAAGCAUAUACUUUAUAUUCUCAUGAAAAAGUUAAAAAAAAUGAAUUAAAAGUAUAUACUAGAGUUCAACCAAUGAAGAAAGUAUUUAUAGAUACGAAAAUAAAACAAAAUGGUCAAAUUAUCGAAAUUAAACCAGAGAAAAAUAAAUUGAUUGCUCAAAGUAAAGAUGAAUUGGGAAUUAAAAGAGGAUUUGAUGUUGGUAAUGAUGUAGUGUUAUUAAAUAAAGAACAAUGUGAUUUUUUUCAAAAUUUUACAUUUGAUCAUAGAUUAGAAGAAAAGGAAACUGAAGAUAUAAAUAUAGAUCAAGAAGAAACAGAAGAUAAAACAGUUCCAGUUUCAUUAUCACAACCACCAUAUUUAAAAUUAAUUGGAUUUAGAGAUUUAGCACAUUUUAAUCCUGUUUAUUCUUAUGGUGCUCCAGUUUUCAUAACUGCAGAUUUAUCAAAUGGACUAAAAACAAGUUCAAUACCAGGUGGGUUCUCAAACUCACUUGGAACAUUUGCUUCAUUAUAUCGAUCAAUGAAUAAAUUAAAACAAUAUGCAAUUGUAUUUGGAUGUACAAGAAAAAAUGCAAGACCAUAUCUAUAUGCUUUAAUUCCAAAUAAAUUCCCAGAUGGAUUUAUAUUAAUUAAAUUACCAUGGGUAGAAGAUGUAAGAGCCCUUCCAGCUUCAUUUUUAAAUUCAGAUAAUCCAUCAGACACCAAUUCAAAUAUGAUUGAUUUAUUUAAAUCAAUUUUUCCUAAAUUUGAAAUGAAAGAUUAUGAACCUUCAAAUUGGCCAAAUCCAACCUUGAAUUAUUUUUAUAAGAUUAUGAAACAUGAAUUUUUACAAAUUGCAUUAAGUCCAGAAGAAAGAUCAACUGAGAAUAAUGAUUUAUUAAGUAAGGAAGAUAAAUUAUACAUUAAAAAUUUAGAAAAUGUUAAAAAGUUAAGUGUUGAAGAAAGGGAAAGUAUUAAAGCUUUGGGUCUAGAUGGUGAAGAUGAUAGAAAAAGACCAAUCGAUGAAAGUGAAGGUGGAAGUGGUAAGAAGGUGAAAAGUGACACCGGUCCUGUUACUGAUGAUGAAAUUUUGAUUGCUUGGAAAGCUAAUGGGUUGGCUAAAUUUAGAAUGGAUGAAUUGAGAGUAUUUGCUAAGAGACAUAAAAUUAAAAGUGCAAAUAGAAAAGAUGAUUUCAUUCAAAAUAUUGUUAAAUUCUUAGAUUCAAGAGAAGUCAAAAAGGAAUGA